GCGAAUUCCAGGCCCAACCCAGCCAGUUACCCGCUUACCCCAUGUCCACCCCCUCCCCUGCGCCGUCGCCGUCGCCGUCGCCGCCGUCCCCGUCCCCGUCCCGCCUCGUGCCGCAGCUGCUGGUCGCGCUCCUGCAGCGCCGCCGCUUCGACGCCACGCUCCGCGCCUCCCCGGCCUUCCGCGGCUUCUCCCCGGACUCCAUCGCCGCCGCGCUCGCCGCCAUCCCGCGCCUCCUCCUCCCGCGCUCCCCGCGCCGCCUCUGCCCGCAGCGGCCCUUCCCCUCCGCCUCGUCCACCUCGUGCCCCGCCAACCGACGCCUCACCGCCGCCCUCACCCUCGGAUUCCUCUCCUGGUCCCACGACCACGCCCUCCCCCAACCCGUCCCGCUCUCCGAGGCCCCGCUCCGCGCCGCGGCGCUCGCGCUCGCCCGCGCCCGCGCGCUCCCGGCGCUCUUCCGCCUCCUCCGCGCGCACGCCCAGCUCGUCUCCACGCCCGCGCUCACCGACGUCAUCCGCGCGCUCGGAGAGGAAGGGCUCCCGCGCCACGCGCUCGCCGCGUUCCACCGCUUGCGGCAGCUCCGGUGCUCCCCCGACGCGCAGUGCUACAACACGCUCAUCGACGCGCUGUGCCGGAACGGGCGGUUCAAGGAUGCCAGGUUCCUGCUCGACCAAAUGGAGCGCCCCAGCGCGCGCUGCAAGCCCGACUCCUACACCUACACGGUGCUCAUCUCCUGGUACUGCCGGAUCGGGGUGGGCACGGGGUGCCGGAAGGCGGCGCGGCGGAGGAUUUACGAGGCGGGGAGGCUGUUCCGGAGGAUGGGGGAGAAGGGGCUCGCGCCGGAUGUCGUGACCUACAACUGCUUGAUCAAUGGACUGUGCAAAACAUACCGCGUGGAGCGCGCCCACGAGGUGUUCGAUGAAAUGCUGAAGAAGGGUUGCGUGCCAAACCGGGUGACUUACAAUUCCUUCAUCAGAUACUACAGUGCGGUGAAUCAGGUGGACAAGGCAGUUGAGUGGAUGAGGGAAAUGGUUGCAAGGGGCCAUGGGAUGGCUUCAUCGAGCACAUAUACACCUGUCAUCCACUCCUUGUGCGAAAGCAGGCGUGUUGGUGAGGCGAGACAGUUCUUGAUUGAUAUGGCUGAAAGUGGGCAUCUGCCGAGGGAGCACACUUACAAGCUGGUGAAGGAUGCAAUUGAUGAUGCUGGUGAGGAGGCCCUGCCAGAAGAGCUAUGUCAGUCCAUUGAGGAUGGCAUUACAGCGAGAUAUCGACAUGUGAUGCGAAUUAAACCCAUAAUGCGAUCAGUUACAAGAUGAUCUAGGAGGGCGGAAACCCAUAACUCUACUCGCAACCUGUUUGCCACAUGAGACGCAGGUCUUGCAAGCGAAGUGUUCUCAGGUUGAGAUGCCUAGGGUGAUACAUGGCUACAAGCCUACAACUUCAAGCUAAUACAUGUGUAAAGCUAGUGCGGACUGAGUGCUAUUGUAAGGAGGAUUAGUUGAAAGAGCCUUGCCAGGGAGCAGGCGAUGUGACCAGGGAGAGGUUCUAGGAUAUUUCCAAUAUCACAAGAUAGAUCAAGGCUCAAAUAAAGUUUAUUUGCACA